UUGUUUAGCAGCUGUUUGAUUGCAUUUUAAAACAAGUUGAUGCGCCUGCGUAAGCUUGCUGUAAACAUUAUUCGCCCAACCCAAAAAGGCGGCAACGUCAAGGAACGCCAAAUCAGCACAAGGACACCGAGUUUGUAUGAAAAAUCAAUAAUUACAUAGCUACCGAGACGCACAGCCGGAAGUGCAUUUUUAUGCUUGUAACGUUAACUGCAGCGGAUAAAAAACUAAUUUUAUUACAUAGAUGGUACUAAAAAGAUGUAGAUUGUGAAUACACAUAAUUUUAUAUAUUGCUUGAGUACAAAAUGGUUGGUAAAGGCGCGUUGACCGCAGAUGUGACAACAACAAAGGAACGCCCUGUUUUCAUUCCACCACGAAAACGUCAACAAAACAAAGCCGAGGCUAAAAAACAAAACUAUGUGGAUCACAUAGUUAAUGUGCAGCAAAACCGAACUAAACUCUCGCCCUCGAAUCCAGGUCUCGAGGAAGAGUUGCUCAAGUCGAAAUUGAUAAUAAAAAAUAAACAGCCAUUGCCUCAGCUACCCGGUGAACAGGGUGACACAAUCGCCAGCACCAACUCAGCCAGUUCCACUCAACAGAGCAAUAAAUCAGCACGCUCUGCCAACAAUCUGAAUGAGCUGCAGAAUUUUGAGUCCAUUUCGCAGGGCACCAAGUCCACAUCCCAGCGCCAUGAAAGCAGCACCGUAACACCCAGCAGCUGUUGCUAUUCAGAGAGUAGCCUGGAUGCCAAGCUGAGCAAAUCGCAGGACUGUCUCAGUCUGAGCAAUCGUUCAUCGUCGAAGAAGCGAGUUAAUAUACGCACCUCGGACUUGCCACAUGUGCGUAGCGGACGAGCUACGCCGGACAUUGCCAACUAUGAGGAUCUGGAGUCGGGCGAAACCAGUGUGCUAAACACCUAUGAUCAGAGUCUAGAACGUUAUCAGACACGCAAGUCGGGAGUCGAUGGAAGUAACUAUUUAACUAUGACAGGCACCAUUAAGAGGGGUCGCAAGAAAGGUCAGUCCAUAGAUCUGCAGAUAAACAUCAGCCGGGAGGAACUGGAACAGCUUAAUGCCCAUGCCAUGGCGACUGAGUCGCACAAGGGUCAGAAUCUCUGCUGCACUUGCAGCUGUGGUGUUGGUCUACACAUCUUUCUCAUCUCGCUAAUAUGUUUACCCUUUGUGACUAUCAUCUCGGCUGCUUACUCAUUUUACAUCGGCACUUUGACCUGGUAUAAUAUGUUCAACUACUACUGCGAGGAGAAGUCGUAUUUGCACAAGAUCUUCGUCACGCCCAUACUUUUCCUGGCUUAUCCAUUGGCUAUUGUUCUCUGCACUUUUGGGCUGGGUUUGUAUUCGGGAUUUAAGCAGCUGAGUCUGCAAUACAGCAGCUGGGUGAAUGACAUAACCGAUAUAGAGAAGGGUUUCUAUGGCUGGUUGUGCGGCUUCUUACACAUGUCCGAUUGUAGUCCCUACGAGGUGGUCAUCCUGACUGAUAUAUGCGUGGCUCCACAGGACCCCCAGCGGCUACACAUUAAUAAGCCCAGGCAGGAAUUAUCCAUGUAAAAUCAAAGAAUCGAAAAAAAGUUAUUAACAAAAAGCAGCGCAAACCGUCAAAUCCAAUAAAAGUGCUGGGUGCAUCCAUAAAUGAAUUUGGGUUAGGUUGUAGUUAUCUAGUUAGCUUUAUCUCUCAACAUACAUAUAUAUGAUUUAUGAUUUUUUUAUAUUUUCUAUAUAUUUAUAUACACAAUAUAAAACAAAUUGAAUAGCAAGCACCGCAGUAGCCAACAGCAUAUCGAAAUACUUUUUGUGACGGUUUCGAUUUUCGACCAUAUGUGUGAUAAACGUAAUUAGAAACAUAAAAAACAAAAACAUCAGUUACUCAAAUCUAUAUCUAUAUCAACAAAACUAAAACUAAAGUUCGAUGCAUUUAGUUCCAUUUUGGCCAAAUUUGUUCCUUUCAUAACUUUCUACUGCAAGUACACACAAAUACAUACAUACAAAUACUAUCCAAUUUAUAGAAUCUAGACAUUAAGUUCCUUUUAUUGUAAAUCCACAUAUACAUACAUAUAUAAUCAAAUAGUCAUAUAUAUUCAAUGUCAAAAUUUAGCGUUUUUUGUUGAUUUCCUUUCAAUGUUUAAGUCAAGGCCAAAUUUACUCCAGAGAUUACGAUUGCAUUUACAAAUAUUUGCAUUUAUAUUGAUAUAAACCAAAGUGAAACUGCAUAGUAGCUAUAAAGCAUUUUCUUAAGCAUAAGCAAGCAACUUUUUUAGUCUUAAGUACCAAAAAUACAGCCAAUAGUAGAGGCUAACAUAUAAAUAAAUUUGAAUGAUAUGCGAUAUAAGCAAAUGUUUUUAAAUAGACAUUCUAAAAUGUAAGUGGUAUACUUAAUAAAAAAUAGCUAACUGCGUGGCGCUGAAUAUUAUAUACCCUGUCAGACAUAUUGAGUCGUGAACGAUCUUGGAUCUUUACGUUAAUUUAAGUUUAUGGACAAAAAGUUUUUAAAAAAAAAAAAAAAAAACUAUUUUAAGUGCAAUGAUUUUUGUAUUUAUUGAGUCAGGUUAAGAUAUAUGUAUGUAAAAAAAUAUUAACAACUUUUUCCUAAGAACAACAGAUUGGUUCUCGCCAGAUCGUUCCUAUGACAGAUUUAUGAUAUAGGAAUGCGAUCUAGCCGAUUUUACAAUAUAUGUUGCCUGUAACAAUUUGGAAUAUGAUCUGAUCAGUUUCGAAGACUGUUAUGCAUUGAAACGAUAUGUCGAUCAUGAAUAUAUACAUAC